CCCACUUUAUUUGAAUUCCAUCUCUUUUAAUUCAUACACAAUGGCACAUCAAUUUGGCAGUUUAAAUACUUCAUUGUCUUCAACAUUUGCUAACAAGUUAGUUCAACAAGCAUCCCGUGCUUCUGUCAAGCGCAGAAACGAUGAUGAUAGUGACUAUGAUUACCAACCUGUAAGUAUUCAUACUAUGCCGUUACACUAUUUAUUGACAAAAAACGAUAGUCUAAUGCAUCAAUGUCUUCUGCAAAACGUCAUUUUGAUCUGAGCACUCAAUUCUCUCCUGAUGUACCCAAACAAGAGCCACUACCUGCUAUCACGUAUGCUUCUCCUGAUUAUAGACCUCCUCCACCUACUGAAACGCCUCUAUGGUUGCAGCCUAUGCCUAGUACUGCUAAUUCGCCCAUGACAGAAGAUGAUUAUUUUGAAGAUGACAAUGCAUUGUUGACACCUUCUCUACAGAAACUUCAACAACAACAAGAACAAGAAAAGUCUUAUUGGGGCGAUAUGAUGAUUGAUCAAUGGCAACAAUAAUGUCUAUCAAAGGCUCCUUCUUUCCCUUCUGUAUAUAGUUUUUUUUUUUUCAAUAUUUAAAUGCAAGACACAGAUAUUUAUUUGCAUGUAAGAGACAAUAAAAAAAUUU